CUGUAGGUGCACUGCAGUAGGCUCUACACAGCAGACCUCUGUAACUCGCAGCCGUGUUGUUUUUGUGACUGUUGGCUAAAAAAUCCGCCAAAUAAAGGACUUUCUUUACGUUAAGUUUAAACUUUAGCCUCCAGGAUGCCUGAACGGGAAUCCGAGCUGUACUCUAACCCUCUGGCCCCGGACGGCCAUGAAGUGGAGGACCAUCGCUCAGCUCUGCAAUCCAAGCUGACCAAUGAAGACUUCAGGAAGCUGCUGAUGACCCCAAGGGCAGCCCCCUCCUCAGCUCCACCAUCAAAGUCCCGUCAUCAUGAAAUGCCUCGUGAGUAUAAUGAGGAUGAGGAUCCUGCCGCUCGCAGAAGAAAGAAGAAAAGUUAUUAUGCUAAGCUGCGACAGCAGGAGCUGGAGCGAGAGCGGGAGCUGGCGGAGAAGUACCGAGAUCGAGCUCGAGAGAGACGAGAUGGAGUUAAUAAAGAUUACGAGGAGACUGAACUCAUCAGCACCACUGCCAACUACCGAGCAGUGGGUCCCACCGCAGAGGCGGAUAAAUCGGCAGCUGAGAAGAGGCGUCAGUUGAUCCAGGAGUCUAAGUUUUUGGGUGGUGACAUGGAGCACACUCACUUGGUGAAAGGUUUGGAUUUCGCGCUGCUGCAGAAGGUGAGAGCUGAGAUCACCAGUAAGGAACGAGAGGAAGAGGAUAUGAUAGAGAAAGUGCAGAAGGAAGUGAAGAAAGAUGAAGAUCCUGAGCAGAAGAUCGAGUUUAAGACCCGUCUUGGGCGGAACAUUUACCGGAUCGUGUUUAAGGGGCGUCAGAUGGAGAGGAAUGAGUUGUUCUUGCCGGGUCGGAUGGCGUAUGUGGUGGAUCUGGAGGACGAGUACGCAGAUACAGAUAUACCCACCACUCUGAUUCGCAGCAAAGCAGACUGCCCCACCAUGGAGGCCCAGACCACCCUGACCACAAACGACAUUGUCAUCAGUAAGCUGACCCAGAUCCUGUCAUACCUGCGGCAGGGAACCCGCAACAAGAAGCUGAAGAAGAAAGACAAGGGAAAACUGGACGAGCGAAAAGCUCCGGAGGCUGACUUAAAUAUAUUUGAGGAUAUCGGAGACUACAUCCCAUCCACAUCCAAAGCGACCCGGGAGAAGGAGAAAGAGAAGGAGCGGUACCGGGAGAAGGAGAGGGAGCGGGAGAGGGAGCGUGAGAGAGAGAGAGAACGAGAGAGGGAGGAGGAGAAGAGGCAUCACACUCACAGCUACUUUGAGAAACCUCGACCUGAGGAUGAGGUUGUCGACAUUGAUAAAGGUCCGGGAUCAGUGAAGGAUCAGAUUAAGCUGAUUAAUGAGAAGUUUGCAGGAGCAGCAGCUACACACUGGCAGGAGACGGCCGGGACGAGGCGAGAGGAGAAGAAGCAUGUGGGAGAUUUCUUUGGCAUGUCCAACAGUUACGCAGAGUGCUACCCAGCAACGAUGGAUGACUUGGCUGUAGACAGUGAUGAGGAGGUGGAUUACAGUAAGAUGGACCAGGGUAAUAAGAAGGGGCCUUUGGGUCGCUGGGAUUUCGACACACAGGAAGAGUACAGCGACUACAUGAACAACAAAGAGGCCCUGCCCAAAGCUGCAUUCCAGUACGGGAUAAAGAUGUCCGAGGGGAGGAAGACUCGUCGAUUCAAAGAAACCAAUGAGAAGGCAGAGCUAGACAGACAGUGGAAGAAGAUCAGUGCUAUUAUUGAGAAGAGGAAGAAGAUGGAGGCUGAUGGGGUGGAUGUGAAGAGGCCCAAAUAUUAACCCUGUUGUGUUUCUUGUGUUUUGAUGUUUGCUUUGCUUUUCAGUGACUGUGUGUCUGUAAUGGAGCUGUUUUAUAUUGAGGAUUAUAAUUGAGUACAGUAGUAAAGGUGUAGCCAGUAAAUAUUCUCUUAAUUAAAUUACAAUUAAAUUACUUGAUAAAGUUACAAUAGGAAGACAUGUUCAGAGAGCAUGUAAAUACAGCAUUAUAUAUAUAAUCUGAUUAUUAAUAUUACAUAUACUGUUUACACUGUAAUGUGCUGGAGAUCCACGUACCUGCAUAAUAAUACCUGUAGAAAUGACAAUAAUUCAGUAAUAAACUGCCUGCUUACAUCACACUCA